AGCGCAGAGCAGGGCAGCACUUUUGAGAAGGAGUCGCCGAAUCUCCACACCUCAGUUGACAAGUCAAGCAAGCUAUCAAGACCAACUCCGACUACUGACAGCGCAAAGGGCAACAAACUUACAAGAAGCUUCAGCAGAAUCACCACACAUAGCCUACAAUCAAGUGGAAUCUGGAAGGCUAUGGACAGGAGAAUGAACUUGAACGGGCCAGGGGACAUUUUCCACAAAACUCUCAGCGCCGUGUCCAACAAAAAGAUGGACCCUUUCAGAUCGACAGCCGGAAUGGACCUGCCUGUCAGAGACCGCCAGUCUCCAAUAAGCUGUUUCGACCAGACCGAUUCGGACCCAAUUCAGCCUGGAGGACUGGCAGGGGGUCGAGGGGGAACGCUGGGUUUGCCGACCGGAUCUUUGUGUGUAAAGUACGGGGAGAGUGGCAACAGGACCUCGGCGGCCGAGAGCAGUGGCGGGGAGCAGAGUCCUGACGAUGACAGUGACGGCAGGUGUGAGAUGGUCCUCCUUACUGACGGGAGAACGGUGGCAGCGGGUAAACCCGAGGGAGGUAAGAAAAACAAAGAGCAGAAAACGCUCAGGCUAAACAUCAACGCGCGCGAAAGACGGCGGAUGCACGACCUGAACGAUGCGCUGGACGAGCUUCGCGGCGUCAUACCCUAUGCGCACAGCCCCUCCGUGCGAAAACUCUCCAAAAUCGCCACUUUGCUGCUCGCCAAAAACUACAUCCUCAUGCAGGCACAGGCGCUGGAAGAGAUGCGGAGGCUAGUGGCUUAUCUCAACCAAGGCCAAGCCAUCUCUGCGGCUUCAAUACCCGCCACCACUGCUCUGGCAGCACCCAACUUAAGUGCGUACGAGCAGCCGCCUGGGUACCCACCGGUAUUUCCCACCGGAGUGCCACCAUCCUCCUGUCCCGAUAAAUGUGCUCUUUUCAACAAUGUCACCUCUAGUCUGUGUAAACAAUGUACUGACAAGCCUUAACUGCAUCACAAGAGUGACCGAUUAAGAGAGACUCAGCAAGCACAUGCGAAGACCACUUUCUAAACACUUCGACUUCGGAGAGGAGAUUUAGGCUACUGUAUUACAGUCAGUAGAAAACGAGACCGAGAAGUAAUGCCGAUGAAUACUUUUAUAACAUUUACAAAUGCAUUCAAAAAGCGCUUUUUGUUCAGACAAUACUUGAUUGUGUAUACGAAGCAUACUUUAAGUGCUGGUGUGAAUGACAGAGAAAACCAAACAGAAGUAUAUGAGUGGCUGCAUGAGUUGCAGUUUGAAGUUGUUUAUCACUUGCGCAGAUGUGGACCCUAUGGAGACUUGUAUGACCUGACAACUUGUGACCAUUUCACUUGAAUAGAGGGACAACGUCCUGGAACAUUAGUUGAUCUAAUAAACCAGAAUAUCGCUGCUUUUAUUUUACUUGUUCAAUUUAAAAGAGACGUUUGCUGUUUACUUAGCUAUCACGCUAUAUUUCGUGUACUUUUUUACUGAGCACUCAAGAGGAAUGUCAUAAGGAAAGCAAGUAUGAAAUAAUUCAAUUCGAAUCAAGAUGGUUUAAUCACUCGUUUAUCUAGCAAAAGAAACCUGCUGACUUUUCAAUCGACACUGUAACAAAGCCUAACGUUCAGGUGAAUCUCUUAAAGCUUGUAUUUAUGUCCAUGUCGUUUUCAAUUGGUCUUUAUUAAUUUAUUGAUUGUUUAUUUUGUUUGCAUGGUAAAUUGUAUUCUGCAUCAACGACGUUGCUGUAUAAUUUGCGUUUCUUCCAUAUUGUGCUUACCAUAAGGUUGAGGUCUUGAGUGAUCAGGCGCGUUGUCAGGUCAAGCUGAGGAUUAUUGUAGAUACGUUAGUUCAUAAAUGGUAAAGAGGGCCAUUUGUAUGUG